AAAGACUUGGUCUUCUACUUCUUCUUCCCCUUUCUCUACUUCAUUUCUAAGCUUUCUAUAUAUUUUCUUCCUACUUUUUAUAAAUUUUCCGCUUGUCUGCUUAUCUUUCACAUUAUAUCUAAACAUAGAUCAUUUGAAUCCCUAAUUAACCUUUAAAAAUCCCUAAUCCCCCUUUUAAAUUAUAUACUUUAUUUUAUUUUUGCCUCUUUGAUAUUGGCAUGGCUGGUCUCAAUAUGGGCACAACCUCUCGCUACGUCCACAACGUGGACAGCGGCGGUGCCGGCCAGUUCUCCAACGACAACCACCACGAAGAUGACGGUGGCGCUGGAGGAAACCACCAUCAUAACCUUCAUAACCAUCAUCACCAAGGUUUAGAUUUAAUAGCUUCUAACGACAACUCAGGACUGGGCGGCGGAGGAGGAGGUGGUGGUGGUGGAGGAAGCGGUGACCUCGUGAUGCGGCGGCCACGUGGCCGUCCAGCUGGAUCGAAGAACAAACCGAAACCUCCCGUGAUCGUCACGCGCGAGAGCGCAAACACCCUUAGGGCUCACAUUCUCGAAGUCGGAAGUGGCUGCGACGUCUUCGAGUGUAUCUCCACUUACGCGCGGCGUAGACAGCGCGGGAUUUGCGUUUUGUCCGGAACAGGAACCGUCACUAACGUCAGCAUCCGUCAGCCUACAGCUGCCGGAGCCGUUGUGACUUUGAGAGGGACUUUCGAGAUUCUUUCACUCUCUGGAUCUUUUCUUCCGCCGCCUGCCCCUCCAGGAGCGACGAGUUUGACGAUAUUCCUCGCCGGAGCUCAGGGACAGGUCGUCGGAGGUAACGUUGUUGGAGAGUUGAUGGCAGCGGGGCCGGUGAUGGUCAUGGCGGCGUCUUUUACUAAUGUGGCUUACGAAAGGUUGCCUUUGGACGAGCAUGAGGAGCAGUUACAAGUCCAAAGCGGCGGAGGGAAUAUGUACUCGGAAGCCAACGGCGGUGGCGGAGGCUUGCCGUUCUUCAAUGUGCCGAUGAGUUUGCCUCAUAUGGGAGUUGAAAACUGGCAGGGGAAUUCCUCCGGCGCCGGUAGGGCUCCGUUUUAGUUACUUUUUACAAUAAAAACUUCAAUUUGUUUUUCCUCUUUUUCUUUUUUUGAUGAAUUUGUGAAAUUAUGAUUUUUAUUUGUUAAACAAUGGUCAUGAUUGAGCCCACAGUCCAUGGUUAUUAGUUUUUACUUAGGUCACAUGAAUUAUCUUAUAUAGUUUUUUACUUGAAAAAGAAUUAUCUUAUAUAGUUUCGAAAAUUA